CACACCGGCGAUGUAAACAAAGCAGUUGUGAACCGGGUGUAAACACCCUCUGGUCGCGUGUUGAUGCUUUGAAAUGUCUGUUUUGCGCAGAGCGGACGCUUGGGAAAUAUCUGAAUCCGAAGAGGAAACCGACAUCGAGACAAAGGCUCAGUUAAACCACGAUGAGAUCAGUCAAACCACAACAACCAGCCCUCAGUGCGGAGAUCAGCUUCCGAGUUCAGACCUCAAACGCAAAACCUCACCAGCAACGAGAAGCGGGUCACACCGCGCCUCUGCUUCGCUGCCACAUCAUGGCCCCGACACACCGGGUCCGGCGAGGAAACGCCGCAGCAAGGAGGAGGUGGAGGCGGACAGAGAGAGAGCCAGGGAGCGGAGGGAGGCGAGGGAGAGCCGGAGAGCAUCCAGAGCCCAGGAGAAGGACGAGAGGAGGCUGGAGCAGCAGCAGAGGAGGGAGGCUGCAGAGAACCUGAGGAGUCUGAGGCCGGAGAACUGCCUCAAGAGUCUCACUGUCUGCAUAGAUCCAGCUCUCCUGCAGCACGAUGGCUCAGACCUCCUGCUGGGAACCCUGGCUGCCUACGAGUGGAGGUUCAGCCUUGAGAGCCAGCAACUCCCUAACAGCAUCACAUGGACCAGAGACGCACCUGAGGGCGGAGGCAGCUUGGGUUCGCUGGAGGAGGAUCAGACGGUGUUGUUGCUGGGUCUGACUGACUUCCUGGACAUGGUGAUCUCUGUGAAGAAAAUGCUCAACAGUCGAGGGGAAGAAACAGGGGUGGGGUCUUUUCUCAGUCCUCUUUUGGAGCGUCUCAACCGUGAUGCCAGGAAGGUGGUCACUCUCUUAGUGACAGACUCUCAGCAAGAUUACAGGACAUAUGCUUGUGGUGUGCAGCCUGGCCUGGGAAUAGAAAAUAUGGACGUUGAGGAGGUUCUCGUUCACCUACAGCUCUGCAAGAAUAUCUCAGUGGUCUUCCUGGAUGGCUGGCAGGAGGUCACUAGCCAUGUGUGUGCCGUCACCAAGGCCUUAUCUAAACGCCCGUACAAACUCCUGACAGAGGGAACAGAGCUGCCCUUCUGCGUGGAUGGAUCGUGGGCCAGCGGAGCUCGGGUAGAGAGGGACGGCUCGGGUCUGAUUCAGGUCUGGAGCAAACAGAUCCAGCAGCUGAACAGAGUUAGCCCUGGUGUGGCCUCCACUGUGACAGCAGCCUAUCCGUCUCCUCAGCUGUUACUGCAGGAAUACCAGACCUUGGGGUCAGAGGAGGAGAGGAAGGGACUGCUGGCUGGUCUCAUAGUGAAAGGUGGAGGUAAAGAUAGACGACUUGGACCAGAGAUGUCCGCCAGAGUGUACAGAUGCUUCACAGCUCCGAACCCCCAGCUGGUCCUGGACUAAUGUGUCCACUUGAGCAUGACAUGGAUGCGAAGAUCUAAUCAAAUCUGGUUUCUAAUGACACAUGGCUGCUAGUAUGUAAAUGUUUACAAGCUAAAUACAUGGCUUAAAAAUCAUGUUCUCCUCCAGUAAACUAAUAUUUAUAUAGCAGAUUCAAGAAAAAGAUUUAAGGUUAUAUAUUUUGUAAAUUAAAGAAUUAUAUUAUGUGUACUAAUUUCAUACAGUAUUCUCAUCAAUUAUGUUUAAAUGCAAGCUGUGCUGUUAGAGUGACACCUGUAAACUGCAUAUUAUUAUAUUGUGUGCAAAUCAGUGAAUUAAAAUGAGCUGCAA